GCUGAAAGCAGAGCCAGCUGCCAGCUGCGCCGCCAGUCACUCCAAAAGACCCUCUCGCAGUCCAGCUGCUUAGAGUAUUAACAUGUCUGCUCAAGAGGAAGGAGGCCGGAAGCCCCACAAACCCAAGGGCAAGACCCUGAGCAACUUCUUGGGGUUCCUGCCUGGCUUCAGUUCUGCCCGGAACCUGGUGGCCAACGCUCACAGCUCAGCAGGAGAGGCCCAGCCAGUAGCUGAUUCCACAGGUACUCCUACCCCCGAGGCCGCCCAUCCCCAGGCCCAGGCUACCGACCCGAAGCAGAUGGCCAGGGAGGUGGAAAAGCUGCCGUCGCCUUCGGACAAGAUGAUCUCUGGGGUGAAGGACCAGGUGUGCUCCACGAUGACCAAAACGAAAGACGCCAUCUCCUCCGGAGUGGCCAACGUGACAGACUCAGCUAAAGGUGUGCUUCAGGGAGCUCUUGGCAUGUGCCAACCUGAGCACACAGGAACCAAGGAGGCUGUGGCCAGUGGGGUCGCAGGGACAGUGGAUAUAGCCAAAGGGACCUUUCAGACUGGUGUGGAUACCACCAAGAUGGUGUUGACUGACACCAAGAACACCAUCUGCAGUGGAGUGACUGGUGCUGUGAAUAUGGCGACAGGGGCUGUACAGGGGGGCCUGGACACCACCAAGACAGUCCUGACUGGCACCAAAGACACAGUGUCCGCUGGCCUCACCGGGGCAGUGGGUGUGGCUAAGGGUGUCGUCCAAACUGGUGUGGACACCUCCAAGACGAUCCUGACUGGCACCAAAGACACAGUGUCCGCUGGCCUAACCGGAGCAAUGGGAAUGGCCAAGGGUGCUGUUCAGACAGGUGUGGACACCUCUAAGACCAUCCUGACUGGCACCAAAGACACAGUGUCCACUGGCCUCACUGGGGCAAUAGGAAUGGCCAAGGGUGCUGUCCAGACUGGUGUGGACACCACCAAGACAGUCCUCACUGGCACCAAAGACACAGUGUCCACUGGCCUCACAGGGGCAAUGGAUGUAGCCAAGGGUGCCGUCCAAACUGGCAUGGACACCUCCAAGACCAUCCUAACUGGCACCAAAAACACAGUGUCCACCGGACUCUCUGGAGCAAUGGGUGUAGCCAAAGGUGCCGUGCAAACUGGCAUGGACACUACCAAGACGGUUCUCACUGGCACCAAAGACACUGUGUCCACUGGACUCACCGGUGCAGUAGGUGUGGCCAAGAGUGCCGUCCAGACUGGUGUGGACACCUCCAAGACCAUCUUGACUGGCACCAAAGACACAGUGUCCGCUGGCCUCACCGGGGCAAUGGGUAUGACCAAGGGUGCUGUCCAGACCGGUGUGGAUACCACCAAGACAGUCCUCACUGGCACCAAAGACACAGUGUCCACUGGCCUCACGGGGGCCAUGGACGUAGCCAAGGGUGCCGUCCAAACUGGCAUGGACACCACCAAGACAGUCCUGACUGGCACCAAAAACACAGUGUCUGCUGGCCUAACCGGAGCAAUGGGAAUGGCCAAGGGUGCUGUUCAGACGGGAGUGGACACCUCUAAGACCAUCCUGACUGGCACCAAAGACACAGUGUCCACCGGACUCACUGGAGCAAUAGGAAUGGCCAAGGGUGCCGUCCAAACUGGCAUGGACACCACCAAGACAGUCCUGACUGGCACCAAAAACACAGUGUCCACUGGCCUCACGGGGGCAAUGGAUGUAGCCAAGGGUGCCGUCCAAACUGGCAUGGACACCUCCAAGACUAUCCUAACUGGCACCAAAAACACAGUGUCCACCGGACUUUCUGGAGCAAUGGGUAUGGCCAAGGGUGCUGUUCAGACGGGUGUGGACACCUCUAAGACCAUCCUGACUGGCACCAAAGACACAGUGUCCACCGGACUCACUGGAGCAAUAGGAAUGGCCAAGGGUGCCGUCCAAACUGGCAUGGACACCACCAAGACAGUCCUGACUGGCACCAAAAACACAGUGUCCACUGGCCUCACGGGGGCAAUGGAUGUAGCCAAGGGUGCCGUCCAAACUGGCAUGGACACCUCCAAGACUAUCCUAACUGGCACCAAAAACACAGUGUCCACCGGACUUUCUGGAGCAAUGGGUGUGGCCAAGGGUGCUGUUCAGACGGGUGUGGACACCUCAAAGACCAUCCUGACUGGCACCAAAGACACAGUGUCCACCGGACUCACUGGAGCAAUAGGAAUGGCCAAGGGUGCCGUCCAAACUGGCAUGGACACCUCCAAGACAGUCCUGACUGGCACCAAAAACACAGUGUCCACGGGCCUCACGGGGGCAAUGGAUGUAGCCAAGGGUGCCGUCCAAACUGGCAUGGACACCUCCAAGACUAUCCUAACUGGCACCAAAAACACAGUGUCCACCGGACUUUCUGGAGCAAUGGGUGUGGCCAAGGGUGCUGUUCAGACGGGUGUGGACACCUCUAAGACCAUCCUGACUGGCACCAAAGACACAGUGUCCGCUGGCCUAACCGGAGCAAUGGGAAUGGCCAAGGGUGCUGUUCAGACAGGUGUGGACACCUCUAAGACCAUCCUGACUGGCACCAAAGACACAGUGUCCGCUGGCCUCACGGCAGUGGGUGUGGCCAAAGGUGCCGUCCAAACUGGCGUGGACACCACCAAGACAGUCCUGACUGGCACCAAAGACACAGUGUCCGCUGGCCUCACCGGGGCAGUGGGUGUGGCUAAGGGUGCCGUCCAAACUGGCAUGGACACCUCCAAGACAGUCCUGACUGGCACCAAAGACACAGUGUCCGCUGGCCUAACCGGAGCAAUGGGAAUAGCCAAGGGUGCUGUUCAGACAGGUGUGGACACCUCUAAGACCAUCCUUACUGGAACCAAAAACACAGUGUCCACUGGCCUCACUGGGGCAGCGGAUGUGGUCAAAAAUGCUGUACAGACUGGUGUGGACACCUCCAAGACCAUCCUGACUGGCACCAAAGACACAGUGUCCACUGGCCUCACCGGGGCAAUGGGUGUAGCUAAGGGUGCCGCCCAAACUGGCAUAAAUACUUCGAAGACUGUUCUUAAGGGAACCAAAGACACGGUGUCCACUGGACUCACUGGGGCAAUGGGUUUGACCAAGGGCGCUGUCCAGAUUGGUCUGGGCACUAUACAGAAUUGGUUACCUGGUGCUGGGGAAAGCUCCUAUGGUGGACUCACCAAUGACCAGGAGACAGACAAAUUUGGGCAACAAACUGUGCUGAACCCCCUGGAGGCUUCAUCCUGCAUGGUCUCCAGCCUCCCAGACACUCUCUGUGCAAGCCAUGUCCUUGCCACAGAACCUAUUGCAAGUACCCAGAGCCUUGGUUCCACUGUGGCAGCAUUCACACAAGGAACCUCACUGGGCACAGAGGAUGCGGGGUGCACGGCCACCAUGCACAGCCAUGAAGGUGUCACGGGCUUCAUGACACUCCCAGAGGAACUGCGGGAGAUCUUCCAACCCAUGAACGCUGAGGAGCAAGCUCAGUUGGUGGCUUCUGAGCCUGGGCCCAGGGUACCCGCAGCAGACCAGAGCAGUUACUUCGUGCGUCUCGGUGACCUGGCCCACGGCUUUCGCCAGCGGGCUUUCGAGCAUACCCUGAGCCAUUUGCAGCAUGGCCAGUUCCAGGCUAGGGCCACACUGGCCCAGCUUGAGGACUCCAUCAGGCUGGUAAGAGUGUUCCCCUCUCCAGGGUGCCUUUCUCAGAAUAUCUCCCCAUGGUUCCCCCUACCACAGGCAGUGACCCGACAUCUGUCAGCCACUAAGAUGGCCACAGAUUGUUCUCAUGGCGCUUGUGUCCCAGAGAGGGAGAUGUACAACCAAACCAAAUGCAGUAGCCCCCCAUAUCUUUGGGAGAGACAUUCCAAGACUCCCGGUGAAUGCCUGAAACCAUGGAUAGACUGAACCCUAAAUAUACUGUUUUUUCC